ACCAAAUACAGAUCGUUUGAUAUUUUCUUUUGAAGAAUAAAAUGUUUGGUUUGGUUCAUUUCCCGUCGCUGAAAUUAUACGUCAUCGUGUGAUGACGUGGAAAACAUGGAGGGUAGUGGAGGAGCUUCAACGAAUUUGCUGCUAAGUGAUGAAUGCUAUGCUGAUUUUCUCAUAGAGGACUUUGACGUGAAGACGUACACAGCCCAGGCCAUCCACCAUGCUGUCAUCGCAGAACAGCUGGCCAAACUGGCUCAGGGCAUCAGUCAGCUGGACAAGGAGCUCCACAGCCAGGUUGUAGCCAGGCAUGAGGAGUUACUUGCUCAAGCUACUGGGAUUGAGUCUUUGGAAGGGGUCCUGCAGAUGAUGCAGACCAGGAUUGCUGCUCUGCAGGGUGCUGUGGACAGGAUAAGGACAAAGAUCGUUGACCCCUACAAUAAGAUUGUAGCCAGGACUGCCCAGCUCGCCAGAUUGCAGGUGGCGUGUGAUCUGCUGCGAAGGAUCAUUAGGAUCCUGUACCUGUCCAAGCGUCUGCAGGGCCAGCUCCAGGGGGGAAGCAGGGAGAUCACCAAGGCUGCCCAGAGCCUCAACGAACUGGACUAUCUGUCCCAGGGGGUGGAUCUGUCUGGUAUAGAUGUGAUAGAGAAUGACCUGCUGCUGAUCAGCAGAGCUAGACUGGAGGUGGAGAACCAGGCCAAGAGACUGCUGGAGCAGGGCAUGGAGAUACAGAACCCGACUCAGGUGGGCACGGCCCUCCAGGUGUUCUAUAACCUGGGCAGUCUGAGGGAGACCAUCAGUGGGGUGGUGGAGGGCUACCGGACCACCAUACAGGACAACGUCACCACCGCCCUGGACAUCAAGGGACUCACCCAGCCCACUGGCAACAGAGGUGCGCCAGGCAGAGCGGUGAUGCCAACCCCAGGUAACACUGCAGCGUUCCGAGCUGCUCUCUGGACCAACCUAGAGAAACUCAUGGACCAGAUCUGUGCAGCUUGCGGACAGGUGCAACACCUCCAGAAGGUCCUGACGAAGAAGAGAGACCCUGUCACUCACGUCUGCUUCAUCAGUGAGAUCAUUAAGGACGGCCAGCCUGAUAUCCUCUACACGUUUUGGAGUGAUGUCACACACACUCUCUCGGUGGAGUUCCAGAGAGCUACGGCUGCCUCAUCCUUCCUCAAGCAGGCAUUAGAGGGAGAGUACCCUAAGCUUCUCCGUCUCUAUAACGACCUGUGGCGUCGGCUGCAGCAGUACAGCUCCAGCAUCCAGGGGGUGAUAUCGAGCAGCGCAGGGCUGGACACCGCCAUGGACCUGCCCACCACAGAGAUGGACAACCAGGACCUUUUCACACAAACCAAACACGACUACGAUCCAGAGAAGGCUUUGAAGGACUCUCUGCAGCCCUACGAGGCAGCGUACCUCUCCAAGUCUCUGUCUCGUCUGUUUGACCCCAUCAACCUGGUGUUCCCCAUGGGGGGACGCAACCCCCCCUCCCACGACGAACUGGACAGCAUCAUCAAGACCAUCACCAGUGAGCUGAACGUGGCGUCUGUAGACACCAGUCUGACUCUGGCAGUGGCCAAGAACGCUGCCAAGACCGUCCAGCUCUUCUGUGUCAAGUCUGAGCAGCUGCUAUCUACCCAGGGGGAUGCCAGUCAGGUGAUAGGGCCUCUAACAGAAGGUCAGAGGAGGAACAUGGCGGUGGUCAACUCCCUCUACAGACUACACCAGGCUGUUGCUAAAGUGAUAUCAGGAUUGGGGUCAUGUCCUCCGGCUGCUGAACAUGCUCUCACUGCUUCACUCGAGGGAGUACAGGCUCUGAUGGCCAGUGCAGUACAGCCUCUGCUGCUGUCGGUCAGUGACUCCAUAGAAGCCAUCAUCAUCACUAUGCAUCAGGAAGACUUCUCUGGGUCUAUGUCCACCCCGGGGAAGCCGGACGUGCCCUGCUCUCUGUACAUGCGGGAGCUACAGGGCUUCGUGGGCCGCGUGAUGGCGGACUACUUCCGCCACUUCCAGUGUGUCGACUUCAUAUACGACAACACAGAGAGCAUCGCCCAGCGCUGCAUCACACUGUUCAUCCGCCACGCCAGCCUGCUGCGUCCCCUAGGGGAGGGAGGCAAGAUGAGAUUGGCGGCUGACUUCGCUCAGAUGGAGCUGGCCGUCGCCCCUCUCUGUAGGAGAGUGUCUGAGCUGGGGAAACCCUACCGCCUGCUGAGAUCUUUCAGGCCCCUGCUGUUCCAGAACAGUGAGCUGAUAGCCAGCAGUCCAGCCGUGGGGGAUCUGAUUCCAUACAGCACCCUGCUACACUUCCUUUUCACCAGAGCACCGUCUGAGCUCAAAUCACCUCACCAGAGAGCAGAGUGGUCCAUCGCUCGCUACUCCCAGUGGCUGGAUGACCACCCUUCAGAGAGAGACCGCCUCACACUCAUUAGGGGUGCUCUGGAAGCCUACAUGCAGAGUGUGAGGGCUCGUCAGGGGAAGGAGUUCGCCCCCGUCUACCCCAUCAUGGUUCAGCUGCUGCAGAGGGCCACCAGCGGAGCCCAGGACUCCAGGACCUGAGGGAACUACCGCUCCCAUGAUGCAACUGUGCGUUUCACAUGGGCAUGGAGAGCGGCUCCGUGAAAAACACAUCCAGAUAUUACGAAUGUUACGACUAUAGAAUUAGAAUUUGUAGAACAGACAUGGCAAUGAACAUCCUUAAGCCUUUUUAAUGGUCCACCCAACAGGAGUUUCCAUUAUUGAUAUGACUUAAGGGUUGCUCCAUUUCUGUGGAUGUGUUAAGGAGCAAUUCACAUUCCAAAUGGAACGCCACACACCAUGUUGUAUGCACAUUUCUGUUCUGCUAAUUCUAUAACUAUGCCACAGAGGGCAGCACAAGGGGGAAGUUACCUGCGCUUCAUACUAUUGAACGGGGAAACAAAUGCUUGCUAGUUAUUGGUAGGGGCUUUACUGGUUAACCACAUUUUAUUCUAUUAAAUGCUUUAUUGUGAACAAUAAUUAUCAUUAUAAGGAAUGAUUGAUGGUAGGACUUUAAUAAUAGUUAACCUAAUCUAAGGGCUCUAUUCAAUCUAUAUGGUGGAAAUUCCGUGUAAUUUAAAUGCAAUGUUCCUGCCGGGUUUGCCGUAAACUACCUUUAGAUUAAUAGCUCGCUAAACACUUCAGCGAUAUGGAUUGAUUAGAGCCUUGUCUGGCCUAUACAACUGUUCAUAUGUUCUGUCUUUAAUGAUGUACUGUGGGUCUAAAGCUCUAUGGUUGUGGUUAUAAUAAAACGAGAAGUAAAACAA